AUGUCUCGACACCCCCUGAACACAAGUGCAACACAUCGUCAAGGCGAGUUAGCAGAAGAGUACAUCACCUUCAUUGCACAGCACACUACUCCCAAGUCCAUCAGCCUGGAAGAAAUUAAACAGCAAAUGAAAGAAGAUGCAACCCUGCAGAUUGCUAUGAAAUAUAUUCAGAAUGAAAAUUGGCAUGAGGCAAUCAACUUGACAGAUCCAAAUAUAAACAACCAGGAACUUAGUAUUCUGCAUAGCAUCCGAACCGAGUUGACUGCUAGUAAAGAUAAUGACCUGCUUCUGAAAUCCACCCGAAUAGUUAUACCAACAUCCCUGAGAAAACAAGCCAUCGAUCUGGCCCAUGAAGGCCAUCAAGGCUUAACCAAAACUAAGCAGUUGCUUCGAGAGAAAAUAUGGUUCCCAUCAAUUGAUUCCAUGGUGAAAAAGAUCAUCGAUGCCUGCAUCUCCUGCCAAAGCACCACUCCAGCUCACCCUCCAGUACCACUCAAAAUGUCAAAGAUGCCACCAACACCAUGGCAUACAGUGCACAUAGACUUUCUAGGUCCACUUCCGACCGGAGAGCUGAUACUUGUUGCAAUUGAUGCAUAUUCCCGGUACCCGGAAGUCGAAGUCGUACAUUUAACAUCAGCAGCAGCACUCAUCCCGAAGCUGGACAGAAUAUUCUCAACGCAUGGAAUUCCAUACAAAGUUGUAUCUGACAAUGGCCCUCCAUUCAACGGACAGGAAAUCAGGCGAUACAUGGAGAUCCAUGGCAUUGAGUUUGUAACAGUCACCCCUUUAUGGCCACAGGGCAACUCAGAAUUAAGCGGAGUCAUUCAUGAAACCAUUGCUUAA